GUGAGGUGGAUAAGGAAGAAGGUUUAUCUCAAUCAAUCCUCUGCAUGACUGCGACGAUGGUGGGGGAUUUUGAAUUUAGAGUUAUUAGUAUGGUUUUGUGUUAUCCCACUUUCCUCCCCACAUGAAUGUGACGAUGGUGGGGGAGAAGGUUCUCACUUCUGAUGAUCACCACUUCUCAUUUCACUUGCUCUCCUUCUUUCUUUCUUCCUUUUUGGUAGAAUAGAAUAUAACUCGGCUUCUUCUUCAAAAGACACCACCUAAUCUGAGCUCUGCCUCUUCCAAUGUUCUGGCCUUUAUAAUUUAUUCUAAUGAGAAUUUUGGCUGUUUUGGCAGCAAUGGCUGGUGGAGAAGAAGCCCGAUCGGUUGAUAAAGGAGCAAAUCCUAGUAAUUCGAAGGUUACCGCAAAGGGUGUACGAGGCAAAAGUGAUCCAACUUGGGCUCAUUGUUCCUUCCAUCUUGAUGGAAAUGUGGAGGUACUCACUUGUGUCUAUUGUCAAAAAGAAUUUAGAGGCGGAGGAAUCACUAGAAUGAAAAAACAUCUAGCUGGUGUUAGUGGGGAUAAUGCAAUAUGCUCAAUGGUUCGGAAGAGGUGAGCCAAAACAUGCAGAAGCUAGCUAUUGACUAAUUAUGAAACUAAUAAGAAGAAAUAUGAAGGUGUCAAAGUUGGAUUUAAUGAACCUCGUUAUACAAAUUCUUCUAGUGCACAAGAUGAUAAUAGUGCUAAAAGAGUUGCUCCUAAUGUGUCUACGGGUUCGGUUGACACUCUCUUUGCUCCACGGUCAUCUUUUGGUAGUCACCGGGAAUAAAGAGUGCCUUAGCAACUAAAGAAGUUGUAUUGUAUGUGGAUCGAGCAUGGGCUAGAUGGUUCUAUGAUGCAUGUGUUCCUUUAGAAGCAAUUAAAUCUACAAUUUAAAAUAGCAUUGGAUUCUUCUAUGACUCUUGGUCCUGGUUAUGGAGGUCCUACAUAUUAUGCUUUGAGGUUUACUUUGUUGGAUAGCAUUGUGAAAGAAUGUCAUCUAUUGAUUGAGAGUUUGAGGUCUAAUUGGAAGGAAUCUGGAUGCACUAUUAUGGCGGAUGGUUAGACGGAUAAUAGGCAUAGAUCCUUAAUCAAUUUUCUUGUGUAUUCUCCUGCUGGAACAUGCUUUGUGAAGUCCAUUGAUGCUUCUGGUUUGGUCAAGGGUGGAAGGAACGUGUUUAAGUUAUUUUGUGAGGUCAUUGAUUGGGUUGGAGCGGAGAAUGUUGUUCAUGUGGUGACCGAUAAUGCAUCCAACUAUAAAUUGGCAGGGACAAUGAUACAUGAGCAUUAUGGUCAUAUAUAUUGGACUCCUUGUGUUCCUCAUACCCUUAACUUGAUCUUGAGUGAGAAUAGAUCUAUUCCUCAUGUUAAGAAGCUUGCCUAUCGAGCUACCAAGGUCUCCAAAUUUGUUUACAAUCAUGGUCCAAUUUAUUUCUGGUUGAAGACAAUGGAGAAAUGGAAAGAAAUAGUGAGACCUGGUGCUACUAGAUUUGCUACUACAUUUCUGAGUUUGCAAAGUACUUUUGAGCACAUACAUGAUUUGGAGGAACUGUGAUUAGUAAGUUCUUUACAGAAAGUGAUCUUUAAAGUACUAAGGAUGGAAAGGAUGUGAAGGCAAUUGUACUCGAUCAACAGUUUUGGGCUGAUUGUGACUUCAUUGUUAAGUUGACAGCUCCAAUUGUUAAGUUUCUUCGAGUUGUGGAUUCAGAUAGUAAACCAGCAAUGGGGUAUGUGUAUGAUGGGAUGACUAGGUUGUCAAAUGCUAUUAUGACUGUUUUUGGAGAUAAGGCGGAGAUGUACAAGCCAUACAUGGAUAUCGUUAAUAGAAGAUGGGAUAAGCACUUGAGCCGUGAUUUGUUUAUGGCAGCUCACUAUCUUAAUUCGACUAUUAAGUAUGCUGAUGAUUGGACAGAGGAUAGGGCAGUUACAUUUGGACUUCUUAAUCUUCUUGAGAACUCGUCUUAUGUCCUGAUGAUAGUGUGGUGGUGGCAGAGAUGAAUUUGUAUGCUGAACGGUCAUGAAAUUUUGGGAGGAAGAUGGCAAUAGAUUCUGCACAAAAACAACAACCAGGUAAUUGAUAUCACUUGCAUUGAAGUUCUUCUAUUUAUUACAAUAUUUAAGAAACUAACAUGUAUAUUUUUUAUGUAGAUAAGUGGUGGAAAUAGUUUGGCAUUGAUCCUCCAAAUAUUCAGAAGUUAGCUAUUCGAAUUCUUAGCCAAACUGCUGCUUCUUUGAACGUGUGCACACCAAAAGAAGAAACAGAUUGCAGCAUAAAGUUCUUAGUAACUUGGUGUUUGUGAAUUACAACUUGCGAUUGCAUAAUAGGUAAUGAUUUGAAUUAUAGAACUUGUGUGUUGAAUUCAUACUUUCUAUGCUUACUAUUGAAUUGAAUUAUUUUUUCAACUUUUAUUAAGGAGUAUUACACCAAGAACAAUAAAGAAUCAUAUGAUCCCAUAAGUCUUGAAAGCAUUGAUUUUACUGUUACUAGCCACUGGUUGUCAGAAGGGGAAGAAAGUCUAUCUUCUAGGGAUAAAGAAUUGGAUAUUGAUGAGCUGAAACAAGCAUUAGAAGAGGAAAGUUUGUUUGUAAAUCAAUUAUGCAUAAUAUGAAUUCUAAUACUAAUAAUUGAUAAUAAUUCUUACUUGUUUUCUCUUGUAUUGUAGUUGGUGAUGAAGAAGAUGAAGGGGACGACUUGCAGAAUGUAGACCUCUCUACAUUUGGUGUUGUUUGAAGAUAUGGAACGUUGUAGUGCUUGCGAGUUUGAGUUUGUGGUAGUUGUGAACUUGUGGUUUGAGAAUGUUGUUUGGUUUUUUAAUACUUUGAAGUUUGAACAAAAAGGAAAUGUUGUUUGGUUUGAGAAUGUUGUUUGAACUUGUGGUUUGAAAAUGUUGUUUGGUUGUUUUAUACUCGAUCCUAAACAUGCAUUUGAACGAUUAUGUAGUUAAUUCAGUAAUGUUGCAGUUUGUUGAUUGUUAUAUUACAUGUGUCUAUUUAGUUUAUUCGGGUUUGUUAUCCGGUAUAUUAUGGUUUUAUUCUGGUAUUACUCCGAAAUGGUAUCACGAAUCUGUCGGUACGGUUUUUUAACCAAAAAAUAUUUUUAAUUACAAAAAUGGUUUUUUACCGGUACACAACGAUUGAACCACAGUCGUACCACAAAAUACCCUACCACUGACGGAUCCGGUAUGACCUCUGGUAUGGUUUCCUUUACCUUGAUUCAUUGAGAUUUGAUGUUGCUCGGUGGAAUUGGACGGAUGCAACAAGGAUAACGUGGAUAAUUGAUGACCGACUUGUUCAGCUUGAAGUGGUGCCUCAAAAAAAAUAAGAAAGUUGAGGUCGGAUGGGGUAAAAUAAGGAAUUAAAUGGACCAAGUCCAUUGUCUUCUUGUGAUUUGGAGUAGCAAUGGUCGCGGGGGUUCCUACAAGUGGCAUGGCUGCUGGCUCGGCCCAGAACAAGCCAUGAGGGACUGAAAGUCGAAUACCGAUAGUUGAGGCUAAACCGUAUACUCCUCCUCCUCCGCGAGACGUCUAUCCAGCAACCUCAUCGACUAACAAACGAACCAAGCAAAAGAAAGGAAAAAAGAAAGG